GCCAUUUUCCCAAGAGUCCUGGUUCCCAUUCAGGGGAAAUGUGAAACCAAGAUCUGGGCAUUUAUUAUUGCCUUUAAUCAUCAAGACAACCCUAUUAAGCUCUGGGAGAAGACCAGCAGGAAGUCUGUGAGACCCUGAGAACCACGGGCCCUCAGCCGCACCUUCUCCCCUCCAAAGAUGCCGAGGGCGCUGCUCAUGUCCUUGGUCAGCUGCCUCGCCGCCGUACAUCAGGCCAGCCUCAUCAGCCGCUGCGACCUGGCCAAGGCGCUGCACGAGGAGGACUUGGAUGGGUUUGAGGGCUACUCCCUGAGCGACUGGCUGUGCCUGGCUUUUGUGGAAAGCAACUUCAACAUAUCAAAGGUAAAUGAAAAUACAGAUGGCAGCUUUGACUAUGGCAUCUUCCAGAUCAACAGCCACUACUGGUGCAACGAUCACCAGAGUCACUCGGAAAACAUUUGCCACGUGGACUGUCAAGAGUUGCUGAGCCCCAAUCUUCUCUCAAUCGUCAACUGUGCAAAAAAGAUCGUGUCCAGUGCAGGGGGGAUGAAGAACUGGGUAGAAUGGAAGUUGCACUGCUCAGGCCGGCCGCUCUCCUACUGGAUGACAGGGUGUCACCUGGGAUGAGACAGGGCCAGGCCUGCUGUGGAGUCACCCAGAACUCCUCUCCUCACCUGGAAAUUCUUCAUUUCUUCCUCCUCUUGCCUCCAUGUUAUUUUCUUCCCUUCCCAUUUACAAAUAAAACUGACAAGAGCCCCAGGAAUAAACGGUUUUCUAGGGCUUCCUCCUUGUUCCCAUCCAGGCCCAUGCCCCGGGUUCCCAACAUUGCAAACCAAGAG